AUGGAUCUCCUCCGACUCGAACAGCAACGACAAGCUCUCGAGCAGAGUCUUGCGAAACUCAGAACCAGCCUCAAGUACUGGCAGACAUUUGAAGCUGAAUACGAAGGCUUCAAAGAAGAAGUCGAGGCUACCACCGGUGAUGUGGAUCUCCAAAGUAUCAGUCAGGCCUACAACGGCGAACUCGUCAACGAGAAGGAAAUCCGCGAACUUUCCGGCCUGAGCACGAAUUCGCCACGCACUGUACCGCAGAUCCUGGGAAUGAUAUCGCGGCGGCAGGAGUACGUUCAGAAGAACAUUGAGACUGUKCAGAGGCAAUUCUGGGACGCCGAAGCGAAGUUGGAGGAAAUUGAUUUUGCCGCUCAUUCUGCAAGUCGUCAUGCGCACAGUACUGAUGGCGGUUUGCCUUUGACGGAGAUUCACGAAGAACUCGACGAGGAAGGAAAUGUCAUUUCUAGCAACCUAUCGCAACCAGAACUUUCCACCUCCAGACUUGUGGCCGCACUGCAGAAAGCCGGACUCACUAAAAAGGAACUCUCAAAAGUCUCGAAAUCAGUGGAUAGUGAUGACGAGGAAGAAAUCCACAACGAACCCACGAAAGCGGGAGCUUCUGCUCUCCCUUCCGCUAUCGUCAAUGCAACGGCUCGGAGCAUGCCAAACGGAGAGGUAAAAUCUACGCAGAGCGAUGCUGAACCCGACCGGCCUCCAAUCCGUAAGAAGAGCGUCUCAUUCAGUGCAGACACCAAGCCAGCUCCACUUCCGGAGCGUCGAGACUCUGAAGAUGGCAAGAAGUGCGUUUCUUUCGCGGAAAAGGUUGCCGUCAUGCCUGCUGCCCCUCCUCCGGACAUGAGAUCUGUCUCCUUUUCUCCACAAGUAGAGGAGAUUCCUGCAGACACAGACCCCAGAACCGUCACAUUUGCUCCUCAAGUACAAGAGAUCCCGGAAGAUGAACAGGCUGCGAAACCAGUCCCAGUCGACGAAGAUCCAAACUCGGAGGCGCAGAAGACACUUCGAGGCUACUUCAAGCCUGGUGAUAAGGUGGGCAUGCUGAACGACGAUGGUGAAGUCGAGUCUAGUCACAUUGUCAUCCCUGAAAACGAGACCGAAGAGGAGGCUCAAAUACGCAGAGAGAUGCUGGACUACCACCUCAAUGAAGUCGGACACGUCGUCGCGGAAAUGGAGCUGGAAGACGACGACAUUGACUUUGAGGAUGAUGCUGGCUCUUCUGAAUAUCUCGACGAAGACACGCCAUACACGACCGGCCACUCUGACUCGGACGAUGACGAAGAAGAAGAUCGAUAUGGACGCACCACAAAGCGGGUGCUUAGUGACGACUAUCAUAGGCAGAUGAAGGAGCUUGAGAGAAGACUGAUUGGUAAUCUUGGGCCGUCAUCCGCCACUGAGGACGUGGACGCUCUGGAUCCGGAGAUUGACGCGCAAGACGUGCGCAGACUGGUCAUUCGUGAGAAGAGCGAUUCGAGUGCCAUCGCAAGCACAAGCGAAGGCAGCGACGAGAAGUUCAAAGCCAAUAGCAAGAAACGUGUCAGCUUCGCUGAAGGGUUGGAUGUCGCAGCAGAGUCCCUAGCAACGGCAAGCGGGUCUCACAAGGCUCAGAAGACGCUCGCAGGCGAAAACGCAGCGCCUAUCGUGGAGGAUGUCGCCGAACGCGCACCCUCAGCUAUGCCUACUCUUCCAUCAGCCGGCACUCCGGCCAAGACGUCUCGCUUCAAACAGAAACGUGCUGCUCCUCCCCUAUCAGACGAGUCCAACGCCGACAUUGCAGAGCCUGCGCCACCUGCGGGUAAGAUUCUGGCAGAUCAACUUGUCGAACGUCCGGCGUCAUCGAUCACUCAAGCUCCAGAUCCUGACAAUCCAGAUCCACUUGUGCAGCGUAGAGAGCUGGCUGCUGAGUACUAUCGAAGACGCAACGCCUUUAWCAAGGAGCGAGGAGGGUUCAAGGGCACACCCGACGAGGAUGAUGCAGAGGGUGAGAUGAUGGAGAGCGACGGUGAGGGUGGUUUGAAGAAAGUCAGUCGCUUCCGUGCGGCCAGACUUCGCGGAUUGUAG